AUGAGUUGUCAACAGGAGGUUGAUGACGAGAAAAUUUUGUGGUUUAGUGAAAGGCGUUACCAACAUAUCGGUUGUCCAGUACAAAUUGAAUAUCGUAGGUCAGAGUCUUUUCAGUCAAAUCUCAUCUAUAUUUCUUCAGAAGCAGAUGUUAUUGCGGCAAUCAAACCUACCACUGGCGACAUUGGUAGAAUUAUUGUGUCAAGCGCAAGGGACGGAGAAGUGGUACGGGCCUGGGAACGGGAAAAAGGUUCAUUUUGUUGGGAAACGGAGCUGCUAAAUUCAGAUAGGGUUGUGACACUUGGUUCUUCUGAUGAUGCAGUAAUCGUCCUGGGUACAUUGUCAGUCUACCUUCUCACAUCAUCUAAUGGACACAUUAAGUGGUCUUCUGCGCUUGAUAGAACGAAGAAGUGGAUUGAUGUGGUAGUGACUCGGCACCAUGGGUUUGUUAUAGGGGUUUCAUCCGGAGAGUUAACUAUUAAGAAACUGGAUUUGAUUAAGGGUACUUUAGAAGAUAAGAGCGUUAUUGUUGCACCGUGGUACAACAGUAAUUUUUGCUCAUUUAUUCACAAAGUCUUGGUAUGUUUUGGGACUAACUCAUUUUAUGUACUUGACCCCACACUGAAUCAGGUCGCUCCCAAGGAAGUAGCUCUUUCUGGGAUAACCGCAAUUUCUCCGUCAAAAGUAGAAGGAUUUGUUGUCUUAAAUACAAUUUCAAAAACGUAUAUUUACAAUAUUUUGUCUUCCGCACCUGAACUUCUCCUAACACUGGAAAAGGCUGACAAUGUUGCUGUAGUUGAAGCGGAAAAUAAUCGGCGAUAUGUAGCUUCAUUUUCGAACCAAAAUGGCAAGGGAAAAGUAACAAUAACUGAGGCACAUGAGAAGAAUGUGGUAUUUAGUGGCGUUCUGAAGGAUUAUGCAGGAAGAGCCAUCAAAGAUUUGACUUUAGCCGUUGCUGGUCGUGAAUUUGAACUGAUAACGGUUGGUGAUGAUUGUAAGGUUGAUCUUUAUGUAAGCGCUUAUAACGAAUUAAUCAGCGAAUGGAGCCGGCAUGAAGCGUUAAGUACUAUAACUUCUGUAGAAAUGGUAGAACUUCCACUUUCUGAAGCCCAAGCUGGGAUUGAGUCUGAAUUUACUUCUGAUGGAGGUAAUAUAUUUGAAUCUUUUGCACGGCGUUUAUUAAGUCAGCUAAGCCAAUUUCGGCGUGCUUUCUUAUCUGCCAGCAAGGAAAUAUUGUCUUCAAAAUCCUUUCUUAAUUUUCGUUCCAAAUCCUUCGCCGAUUGGUUUUCAUCGUUAAGAUUAAAUGAGGUAGGAGGAAGUGAACGAGCGAGUGAUGCACCUUUGGAAAGGGAUUAUUUUAACCUUAGGAAGAUUAUAGUUGCGGCUACUCGCAAAUCAGCUGGUUGGACAGCUCAGACGGUUCUUUUAUAUCUGGGCAAAAAUAUGGCUCCGCUUAGAUCGACUUUAGGCGUUCUUUCGGUACCCUUAUUUAUUCAGCGAACAACGGCUCAUUUUCAAUAUUCACCUCAAGCAGCUGUUGCAUUUGCUGAUAAGUUGACGUCAAAUGGAGUGAUUAUAACGUUCAAUCCUGUAACUGGUAGUUUCAUCGGAAAGGUAACUCUCAGUGCUCCUAUUAAAAGGAUUGAGCUUCUUCCGUUUGUGAAUGCAGAUAAUUUACAUCCACUGCUUGUCAUUGACGAUUCUGAUAAGGUGACUAUAAUACCUCGUUACGCACCUCUUGGCCCCGUACCCUUGCCAACACACAUCCUAACAUAUAAUAAUAAAGGAUAUCUGAGGGGCUUUAAGCUGGACGCAGCUAACUUAAAACUGGUGCCGCAGUGGAAGUCGACUUUGGCCUUAUCACAGUCACAGAAGGUUAUUGCUGUCGUAGGGAAGCCACCAUCACAGCGUGUCCACAGCUCUGGAAGAGUGUUAGGAGAUCGGUCUGUGCUGUAUAAAUAUUCUAAUCCGAACCUAGUUGCCGUAGCCGUUUCGGAUCUAGGACAUUCUAGUUUACAUAUCCAUCUGGUUGAUGCUGUUACUGGUUAUGUGGUUUUUUCUGCGAAGCAGAAUAAGGUGUCUGAUCCAUUUUUCUUCGUCCACUGUGAAAAUUGGUUGACUUACUCAUAUUGGAACGAGAAGGCUAGACGUACAGAGAUUGCUGUUAUCGAACUUUAUGAGGGUUUAACACAGACCAGUGAAUUGGCUUUUAGUUCACUGACUCCGGUUGUGCCACCUGUAGUCAAUGCUGUAUCUCAAGCGUAUAUAUUUCCUCAGGGAAUUUCUGCUAUGGGAGUAACGGACACUGAGCAAGGACUCUCCACACGUUCAAUCUUGAUUGCAAUGCCUUUUGGCGGUUUGUAUGGUAUAUCUAAACGCAUGCUUGAUGCACGUAGGCCUCUAGAAAUGACUCCGGAAUAUGCGGAAGAGAUGCUUAUUCCAUACAGACCGGAAAUUCCUAUUGUGUCGGAAGACUUUAUCAAUUAUAAUCAAACGGUUCUUAAUGUGCGUGCGAUUAAAACCGCGCCGUCUGGUUUGGAGUCUACAAGUUUGAUAUUUGCUUAUGGCCUCGACUUGUUCUUUUCUCGAAUGACGCCCUCAGGAACGUUCGAUAUACUGAAGGAUGACUUCGACCACAAAUUGAUUAGCCUCGUACUGUUAGGGCUUGUUGUUGGAAGCUUUAUUUGUAAAAAAAUUGGUCGAAGUCAUACGCUGAAACAGUCUUGGCAGUCGAAAAAAUGUCUUCUUGAUCGUCGUGAUUCUUCGGUGCUGCUUCCCGAAUCUAAAUGA